GGAAGCGAAUCUGAGCAGGUCUGGCCCCAAAGUACCCGAUUUGCACCCCAAUUGUGAACUCGGAACUAGUCCUCACUCACAUUUUCUUCUUCACUCUUGCAUCUGUACUUGUCAAAAAACCAACUGUACUAUAGCAUUGAGGCAAAGUUGAUGUCAUGACAGUAGUCGAAAGACCCUCCCCUUGGUGAAAGGGGAGGUAGCGCAGCACUGCGCUCUGUACAGGAAAAAUCCAACACCCAUGCCAUCCUCCAAUUGAGACCAAACUUCUCACGACGACUCUUGCUCGUGCAGCCGAAGACUGUCGCCGGGUAACGAAGCUUCACCAGUGUUUGCGCAGUGAUUGUUAUCAGUAGAACAACGCCUCAACUACAACGACUUCCAUUCCCAAGAAGAUCACCAGCACUUCGGAGUCAAACCCGUCUUCCCGUCCCAAGAUCAUCAUCCCUUUGCUGGAGGUAGACUCGCUCAUUGAAGAAGACUAGGCACUUUCACCCGACAAGAUGGAGCUUCCGAGCGGAUAUCAGACGAGCGUGAAGCUGCGAGCCACAGGCUCGUUGCCGCCAACGCAGCUGGAUGCGACAGGUGAAAAUCUGAUCUCUGAGGAGAUGUAGAAACAGAAGAAGUAGAAUCAUGGGUCUAUUCGUCUAUUGUGGACGGUACGCCUUUUUCUCCAACUACACAGGUAAAUUCGUUGCUGGAGGAGUCGAAACAACUGAUGCAAAGGCCUCAAAAGAAAAUGCGGCACCUGUAGUGGAAGAAAGGAAGGACAAAAAGAGCUACUGCAUCGACUUGCUGAUUGAAGGAUGCGUCGAUUCUUUCGUGGAUUUUCUGAAGAUAACGCACAAUGCACCAGGAGCAGAGGCAGUUGGUAUUUAGAAGUAACUGUGGUUUGAACAACAUGAACAUUUGAUGAGUUUUGAUCAUCAUCGUCAAGUCAAAUGAGCAUUCUCGUCAUUCUGGUCGACAACAUUCUUUGAAACAUUUCAGGGACUACGACUGACAACUUCUUUACACCCAGAUUAUACUAUCUGUUGCAUAUAAGUAAUUUGCUUCACCACAUCUUCAGGUGGCGGGGAGAAGAAGGCUGGCGCGAAAAAACUCGACAUAGUAUACCUCAAAGACACGCUGGAGAAGGCGGAGACGAAUAGGAGGGUAGAAAUUUAUGUAUUUGCAGAUACUGACGACUGACUACGAUGUCGACUACAACUUCUGAGUAACUGAACAAGAACAAGAUCUUGUUCAUCUACUCCAUCUAAAGCUAAAACAUCACCAUCAAAAACCCUCCUUCGCCUUUCCAACCACCAGGCGAUGAACUACAAUACCGCAGUUGAUGGGUACAAUGGUUUGGCGGAAUAUUUUGAUAAAAUUGGGGAAACUAAGUCGAGUCGGUACUUUUUCGAGAGGUGUAUAGCGGUGGCGCAAGAAGCUGGUGCCAGUGACGCAUUGGCGAAAGCCAAUUUGAAUAUGGGAAUGUACUCCUGUUUGUAAAUUUAGAGGAUUUACAUUUGGAAGUUUCAAGAUGAAAUGGAAAGAACUUCUUUCCUCUUAGUACUAACUUCAACAUAUCCCCUAAUAUGUGUUCGUGUUACAAUGAGCUCCUUUGAAAUGUUCCUCCUUCCAUCAGGUGCGAAGAAAAACUCCUCAAUUGGGAAGCAGCUAUGGGGUAUCACGAGACAGCCUUAGAGCUCUCCAGUGCCUCCGAAAAGACCUUGCCAUUGCAAAUAAAGAGCGCAUUUCAGCUUUGUACGGUCUACAAGAUCCUAGCUGAGAAGUAUCUGGCUUCGAAAACACCAAGUUUGGAGGAGAUCCGAGCAGCGAGUGACCUCUUUGAGAAGUGUGUGGCUUGCGCAAAACUCGCCAAAGACGCAAAACUCGAAGGACAAAACUGCCAUCAACUUGGAAAGGUAUGAGACUUUCUUAUUGCAUUUGUCGUGUUACUAAAUUUUGUUGACAAGAAUACUAGUGAUUGAUCCUUCUUGUUCUCUUACUUUUCGACCCCACAGUACUUAAGUGUGUCAUUCACUGUUAACCAACUUCAACAACAUCAACUCCUCGUGUUCUGUCAUAGUCGUUCCAAUGCCAUCUUUCUCUGUCUCCCUCGCCCAGGUCAAAAUACUCUAUGGCGAAUACGACGAGUCAAUCCGGCUGCAAAAACAGUAUUUGGAGUUCUGUGAGAGACAAAAGGACCGCUCUGGAGAGGCCAAUGCUAGAGCUGCCUUAGCCCAAGCUUACGAAGCACUGGGACAUACUAAAGAGGCCAUGAAUCAACUGGAAAGGUUACUAGUGGUUGCAGCAGAAGCCGGCGAAGUAGAAGCACAGGCGCAAGCUUGUAUUACAACUCUUGCUGAUCAUGUCAUUGUUUCAUCGAUAAGUACAGUAAGUUGUAUAAUUGAUUCAAUUAUACUUUUCUUUCUCCACUGUUGAAUUUGACAACAACAAACUCACAAGAAUUUCUAGUUUCAUGUUUCUUCACCUUCUCAGAAGAAGCUCACAAGUUGUACAAUCUGACCCUCCAGGUCUGAACCUCGGCUUGCUGUAUGGGGAAGAUCCAAAGGCUAUUACUUUGUUGGAAAGGCAUUUCAAGCUGGUCACCGAGCUCCAGGACAGGGAUUUGAUCGACGCAGCAAGAGUGAUACUCGGAAUGACGAAGGGCAAGGCCCAGUUCGGACAAUACAUGAACUUGGUUCAUUAUGGCAUUUAUCUUUCCUGAGUCAGCUAAAGUUUACUAAGUUGCCUCAAGUAGAACAAAAUUGUUAUUUAUUCCUUUAAUCUAGUUACUAGACUUCUAACUUGAUAACAAACUUCAAACUACACUUACUAACUUCACAGUUCCUCCUUUAAUGUAGUUAGACUUCUACUAGUUACUUUUACUAGUACCACCAGUAACAGAAAGGUGUAAAGAUUCUUCGAAUACUACUUGAAACAACUACCCGUGGGUAGUAAGAAGUUGUUACUUGAGUACAAGCAAAAGCUUCUCUGCUCUUGGGGAAUGUACUUCAAUUCAGUAGUUGUUCUUUUUUUACGGAUCUCUCCUCGCCCAUUGCCCCUUUCAUAUCCAAAACGACCUCCGCUCGUUGCUGGCCUGGAAAACCCGACGGGAGCCGAUACCGAUGAGCUAAGUACCUAGAACCCCUGCUCCUGAUGAUUGUUCCGCAACAUAAAAAUAUUCUCGCGUCGUGUUACGACAGCGACUUUUGAAAGGAUCAAAAAAUAUCGCAACAUAAAUCUACAACGCUUCUGUUAUCUUAAUACCAUUAAUUGCGCUUACACUGACUUCGCAAAAGCUAUAAUUCGCUUCGCAACUGACUGUAAUGUUUAGAUAUGACGACGCACGCUGAAGGUUGUUGUGACCUUCUCGAAUUGAAAAUGCUAAAGAAAGAGAGGAAAACGACGUGCUUCCGACUACGUUCGCCAGUCUCUUUGGUGAGUGGUCGCGUCUGAAGUUUUGGUUUUGCAUGAGGGAUCUUUAAAUGAAGCAUGUGUUCAGUUUGGCUGAGUGAGCGACAGCUUCCAAGAGCGAAUUGAGCAGACCGUUGAUUCGUAUCAAAUACCUCUGUUAAGAGUGACGAACAAACAAGAAUAAGUGUGUGUGUGACUGGAGCAGAGAAAAUGAGAUGAGUAGGUACGAGCAUGUGC